UUGGCGAAAAUACAUGAAUUGAUUAAAUGGUGUCUGAGGAGUAUUAAAAGGAGCCACCAACAGACGGCUUCAGAUCAGUUUUCCUUUUCGAAGCCAGGAUGAAUCAACUUCUGCUUAUAUUUUGCUUCACGUUUUCGGUUGUAAUUACACAAAAACCAGAACACACUAUAAAUGAUGAAGAAGCAGUGGACAAAAUUCUUCACUUGAACACCCCGGAUCAAGUCGUUGAAAGACUUACAGAAAAAACGGAACUUGGCGACAAAUUUGACAUCAGGUUUGAACUGGCGGCCACGUUCGGGACACUCCAAUUCGAAUCUUUGAAGAUGAUCGAUGACAAUUUAAAAAUAAUGGUUGCUGGUGCUAUAAGUGAAAUGGAUAAGCUGAAUAAAACAAGUUGGGAUGGUCUUUUGGAUUCUUUGGACAGAAUACCAUAUUUGGAAAUGGUUGGUGGAAGAACAAACUUUACUGAAUCUAAUAUGACCCGAGUGAGAACCGAAAUGCUGGAUUUUGCCAGCCGUGAAGUCGACUAUAUGACGGUUUUCUUCACCGAACUGUGGUUUGACCGCUUAAUACAAGAGCAUCCGAUGUUAGGCGAGAUGAACAUAAAUAUUACCAAUUUAGCUUAUUAUCUCGCAAAUGGUGAAGAAAUUUCGAUCAAAAACGCACUUUUGGGUAAUGAUUAUAAAAGGAGAGAAUUGAUGGAUUUGGCAAUUUUAAGAUUUCCUGAUAUCACGAAUCCCUACCUCACCGUGAGUAUGUCUCUAAAGUCCACUGGCAAUUUUUUUAAACGUUAGACAUCAAAACAUAAU